AUGUCCCCCACCCUCCGGCGCCUCAUGAAAGAGGCCGCCGAGCUGUCGGCCUCGUCACCCUCGCCAUCGCCGCACUUCUGCGCCCAUCCCGUGUCCGAUUCGAACCUCUUCGACUGGCACUUCACCAUGGCCGGGCCGCCGGCCCCGUCGCCCUACGCGGGCGGCAUCUACCACGGCCGCAUCGUGCUGCCGCCGCAGUAUCCGCUGCGCCCGCCGUCCUUCCGCUUCCUCACCCCGUCCGGCCGCUUCGAGGUCAAUCGCGAGAUCUGUCUCAGCAUCAGCGGCCACCACGAGGAGACCUGGCAGCCCGCGUGGGGGAUCCGCACCGCCCUGACCGCUAUCCGCAGCUUCAUGGACGGCGACGCAAAGGGCCAGCUGGGCGGGCUGGACGCCACGGACGACGUGCGCCGGAUGUGGGCUGAGAAGAGCCGCUCGUGGCGCUGCGACGUGUGCUCAGGGGGGAAGACGAACGAGGAGAUUCUGAACGAGUGGCGGGAAAUCUGUCGGCAGAAGGGGAUCGCAGUGGAUGAUGAGGAGGGUCGAGAGUCUGUCCCGGACGAGUUGAAGCUGCAUUACCGGAAGGAGGAGCAAUCGUCCGCGACAGCGCAGGAAAAGAGUGAAGAUCACGAGCAGGUGGCUGCAACAGCCGCAGCAUCUUCUUCGACCAACACAUCCUCAUCCUCCCAGCAAUCGUCAUCAGAACCCGCACCUAAUAAUACAUCUACAAGACCAACUCCCACCACAACAACGACAACAACGACGACGACGACAACCUCCUCCUCCUCCUCCUCCGAAACACCCUGGCUAGACCGCGCCAUCGUCGGCGUCUUCAUCGCAUUAGUCUUUAUGAUCCUGCGAAAGAUUGCCAAUUCGGAGGAGGAGGAGCUGGAGCCUAUAUAA